AUGCUGGAGAACACGAUGGACCUCUGGUACACGCACGCCUCGGUCACUGUCGUGCUGCUCACGCAGCUGCCCGACGAGCUGCCCGCCGGCUUUGACCGAAGCCGGACCUACGACGCUCGCGGCUGGACGACAUUCGAGCGGUGCUCCGCAGAGCUGGGCGCAAAGCCCGCCUGUUUGGGCUUUGCCAAGUGGAAGCUCGUCAUCGACGUCGCCAGCGACGACGGCGGCGCUCAGCGGCGGCUCCCCGCGACUCCGGAGCGCAUGGCGAAGCUGCUCGCCGCUUGCCGCUUCACCAACGGCGCGGACUCGUCGACCGUGCUGACGCUCUACGAGAAGACGGCGAAGGCAGUGCUGGGCACCGUCGAGAAGCUCGACUACAGGGGUUUGCCGAUCGUGCGUGGCGACGCGUGGACUAGCCCGGCGCUGUUGGCGGAGGCGCUGAACUAUUGCGAGAGCCUCCGGUACCUCGGCUUAGGAGGGGCGCGCCUCGACGACGAGGGCGUGGCGGAGCUUGCAGCAGGGCUCGAGGAUGGCGCGCUCCCGGCGCUUGAGUCCCUCAUCGUAGCGUCAAACCGCUACGGCGCGCGCGGCGUCGGCGCGCUCUGCGGCGUGUUUCAUCGCGGCGUGGCGCCGACUCUGCAGACACUCGCCGUCGGUUUCACGCCUAUUGGAGAUGAGGGAGCCGCGGCGCUAGCUACGGCGCUGGCGACGGGCAAGCCGUCCCAUGCGCUGGUCUUGACGUUCUGCGACGUGGGUGACGAGGGCGCGAUGGCUGUCGCGGCUGCCCUCCCGGCCGCGGGUCAGGGAUUUCGCGUGACCGCCAUGUGGAAUCCGAUCGGUCUCACGGGCCAGGCGGCACUACUAGAGGCGCUCGAGACGAAGCACGGGCCGCAGCUGGGGCAUGCGCUAGCGGUGAUGCAGGGCAACCAAGCUCCAAGGCGCAAGGCCAAGGCGCAAGGGCAAAAGGGGGGGCGAGAAUAA